GAGGGGUGUGAGCAGAAAGUAAGAGAUGAGGAGGCUAUUUAAGGGCAGCUGGGGGACAAAGUUUCCAUACUGUUGACACAACACUGCUGUUCCUUCUGAAGGCACCAUGAAGCUCAGCAUCACCAUCGCCCUCUGUGCUCUACUUUACUUCGCUGCUCCUGCAUUCUCCAACUGUGUGCAUAUAGGUCAAGGACAUUUCUCCAACUCAAAUUUCUUCGGUCGACUGAGGCGUGCGUCUUCAGAACCAACCGAAAAGGAAACCGACCUAAAAACUGUCUGUGAGGCGUACUUCGCAGGAUUGUUGGAGUGCGACUACCAACCUCUCUGUGCCACUGAUGACAACACCUACGACAAUGUUUGUGCUCUUUGCGAGAAAAUAAAAAGCAACUCCCCUGAGAUCCGUCAUGAUGGGAAAUGUUGAAGGAGCUGAGAGCAGAGCUGCAGAGCUGCAGUCUACAGUCGGUCAGGAAGACUCCAGAGUCAGUUUGACACAAUAAAGAAUUUCAGCAUC